AUGAACUUCUUUCAUCGUACAACUUUAGCCCGUAGGAAAAGAAAUACGAUUAAAAGACUUUGGGAUGACUCAGGGCGUUGGCAUGUGGGCCAACAAGCAGUCUCGAACUAUUUUGUGCAAAAUUAUCAGCAUUUGUUUACUGUUGGUGACAGCCCGCAGUCUUGGCCGGUGCUGGAGUCUUUUCCCCGACGGCUCGAGGAGUAUGAUAAUGAAGCCUUGCUCCGACCAUUUUCUAGAGAAGAAAUCUUUGACGCUCUUAAGCAAAUGGGGAAGAGGAAGGCACCAGGCGCCGACGGUCUCUCAGUGUUCUUUUUCCGUAGGUAUUGGCAUGUGAUUGGGGAUGAAGUGGUUGCUAACAUUGUACAGAUCCUCACGACGGGGAUGAAGUGGUUUCUAUCCUUUAUAAAAUUAUUUCGAAGGUCCUGGCUAACAGGAUGA